AUGGAGAGAAACCACUUGCCUAGACAUCUUGUCCUCCAGAGGCAGUCCCUCUUUGAUCAGGGAUUGUUGGACGAACAAUUUAUCCAAUUGGAGGAGCUGCAAGACGAUGCUAAUCCUAAUUUUGUGGAGGAAGUUGUCACAUCGUACUACCAGAAUACAUCUACAUUAAUCGUUAUCAUAGAGCAGGCGUUGGGGACGAGCCCACUUGAUUUCAAUAAGCUCGAUGGCUAUAUGUAUCAGCUCAAGGGAAGUAGCUCAAGCUUUGGAGCCAAAAAGGUGAAAGCCGAUUGUACACUGUUCAGGGAAUAUUGCAAGGCAGGAAAUGUAGAAGGGUGCAUGAGGACUUUCCAACAACUGAAGAAAGAGUAUGCCAGCCUAAAGAGGAAACUUGAAGCUUACUUUCAGCUAGCAAGACAAGCCAGGGUCACAGGGACAGCAUCUCGGCCCAAGUAA